AACCUUCAGUCUUUAUCAAUUCGCUUACGAGUUUGGUUGUUAUUUUGUUAUAAAAAAAAAGAAAUAUUUUUUUCCAGCGGUUUUUUCUUUUUUUUUAAUUUUUUUUUUAAAAAGAGGAAAUUUUUGUUUUAAAAUAAUUUAAAAAAUUUUAGAAAUUCGUUUGAGUUUUAUUAAAUAAUUAAUAUUAUUACUAAACAAUAUUCUUGAAAACAAUAAAUUAUUGUAAUCAAUAAAAAAAAUAAAAGAAAAUUAAAAUAUGAGCGCAAAUUGGGGAUACACUGAUCAAAAUGGACCAGAAAAAUGGCCAAAACUUUUUCCGCAAGCAUCUGGACAUCGUCAAUCACCCGUAAAUAUUCAAACCUCAGUAACAAAAAGAGGCAGUGAAUUACAUGGAAAACUACUGUCAUGGAAAUAUGUACCUGAGAAUACCAAAAGUUUAGUUAACCCAGGUUAUUGUUGGCGUGUUGAUGUUAAUGGAACUGAUUCUGAAUUAACUGGUGGAAUAUUAGGUGACAAUAUUUAUAAAUUAGAACAAUUUCAUUGUCAUUGGGGUUGUUCCGAUGGACGAGGUUCAGAACAUACAGUUGAUGGUAAAUCAUAUUCAGGUGAAUUACAUUUGGUACACUGGAAUACAACAAAAUAUUCAACAUUUGGUGAAGCAGCAAAUCAUCCAGAUGGUUUAGCUGUAUUGGGGGUAUUUUUAAAAGUUGGAAAACAUCAUGAUGAAUUAGAAAAAGUUACAAAACUUUUACAAUUUGUCCAACAUAAAGGUGAUCGUAUAACAUUACCAGAAUCAUGUGAUCCUGGUAAAUUAUUACCAGAUAUUCAUACAUAUUGGACAUAUGAAGGAUCAUUAACAACACCACCAUGCUCAGAAUCAGUUAUUUGGAUUGUAUUUAAAACACCAGUUGAAGUAUCACAUGAUCAAUUGGAUGCAAUGAGAAAUUUAAAUUGUUAUGAUGUUAAAGAAGAAUGUCCAUGUGAUAAUUUAAAUGGAAAAGUUAUCAACAAUUAUCGUCCACCAUUACCACUUGGCAAUAGAGAAUUAAGAGAUUUUGGAGAACGUUAAAUUUUUUUUUUAUAAUUACAAAAUACUUAUAUGAAAAUGAUUAUAAUUUCAUGUAAAUUCUGGAUAUUCCUAUUACAUAAUACAAAAACAAAUAAUAUAAUUUUAUAAACAUUUUAAUUUUUUGCUCAUAGAUAUUCGUAUUAAAAAUAACCAAAAAUAAAAAUAAAUAUGGGAAAUAAGCUGAUGAACACAUUAACCUUAUUUCGUUCUUUUGCUGCAACAAAGGCAUAGCUCGUUUUCUGAGUUAUUUAUACUGAAAAUUUCUGUUUUGUCACUAUUACUUCAACUUGAAAUUUGUCGCUAACAAUAAAAUAUAAAAUAUUGCUAUAGCAAGGCCAAAACUUUCUCAAAUGGGCAAAUUUUGAGUAAAGUCAAUGUUGCAGCAACAGGGCAGAUAUGUACAUUUUUUUCAUUCUUAAUUUAAAGCCAAAAUAUUGUUAUUAAUUUAAAAUUAAAAUAAAUUUUAAAAUAUUUUUUAAUCACAUUACCAAUUUACAUUAAUUUUACUUUUUUUAUUAUAUUUUUUUUAAAUUUUUGGAAUAUCUAAUAUUUUUAUAUUUUCAAAAUUUACAACAAAUUCGCUUUGAUACAAAAGAUUUUUUUAAAGAAAAUUGAAUUAAAUUAGAUAAGCA